AUGGCUAGGACACGAGAAGGAACAGGUGGAGUAGUACGCUCCCGUGGUGGUGCCACACGAGGUACACCCUGUACCCGUGGCGAUGUCACACGUGGGGGUGUACGUGGACGACCCAAAGCAAGCGCGCGUGCGCGUUAUAGAGCAGAAGCACAAUUGAGUCAACGCCAUGGUCUCUCUCCUCCCACACCACCUGAAGGGAUUAGCCCCCUUCCCACAUCCACACCCUCUACCUCCUCAUCCCCUGUAGCUUCACCAUUGGACACUAUUCUUCGAGACGACUUGGGGGUUCCCCUCGAGAUCCCAUCAUUCCUUUCACCAACACUGUCUCCCCUGCCUACCACUUCUGCCGUGAGUACACCAGGACAACUGCGACGUACCCCACCAUCGUUUACACCACGAUUAUCUAUCUCGCGACGACGAAGUGACACUCCCACCAAGCGCCGACGAAUGCAUCGGGAAUAUCGAUCUGGAGAACGAGUCCUGCUUUCCCGGCGGCGACCUACCAGUGCCAUGGGACGUAUCAUCACUAAAAAGAAAACACCACCACGACGCACCAAUUUGCUUGAAGCCUUCAGAGCUGUAGCUGGUACCCCUGAUGGAAGUAGUUAUUCACCUUCAUCACCGCGACCGAGAUCUACCGCGGGGAGUAUUGGUCCUCCUCCACGAACUUCAACCCCCAGAAGUCGUACAGGAAGCCGCGUCCGUACCCCACCCACACCUGUUUCAAGUCGUGCCCCUUCCCGUGGCGCAAGAGGAAUCCAAACCACCAUGACCACUAAAACGUGUGUCUCCCGCAAGAGCCGUGGACGGAACGGAAGCAACACCACCAAGACCAAAUGCAUCACCACCCGUCGUGUGGCUGUUCAUGGAGCAAGUCAACAUGGUGGUCAAGUCCCCUUUGGCAAAUUCAAUCCAGCAUGGAGAACACUAUAG